UCUGGGUGGAUUCUUCACUCCCAAAGACAUCGCUGACAUCGCUUCAUGCGCCAUGUGGGAUGGACCUCCACCACCGCCACAUGCGCCGCCACUGCCGACCCUGGGCGGCUUGGCGCCGACGCCCUUCGUGCCGCCACCACCGACCUUCGGGACCCCGGUGGCCUUUCCGCAGAUCCAGAGCCACCCCGCCCACCCAGCACUGCAUCAUGCGCCCCACGCGCCGCCUCCCAUCCCGGGGCUUCUGGCUCCUCCUCCACCACCUGGGCCUCCACCCGCCAUGCUGGGCCAGCCGCCGGGGCCGCCGCCGGUGGUGCCGCCACCGCCGAUCGUCUCGCUGGGCGAUGCGGAAGUGAAGGCGGCUGCCUCUGCAGCGCUGUCGAAGUUCAUCAAGAACCUCCCAGAUGAGCAAAGUGCCUCGAAAGGCAAGAGCAGAAGCCGGAGCCAAAGCCGAAGGAGUCGUAGCAGAAGCAGCCGGAAGCGACGCCGCAAGCGCAGCGGCAGCCGCAAGCGCAGCAGCAGCCGGCGGCGGAGAAGAAGCAAGGAAGGGAAGGAUGCGAAAGAUUCGCUGUUGGAGCCUCCCCCGGCGCCGCGGAGCAAAUGGGAUGACUCAACCACACCCGCCUGGAUGCAGGACAUGGUGGAGGCCCUGAAGUCUUCGGAACCGGCGCCCACGGCCAGCGCCAAGAAGAAUGAUCCGGACAAGCCCAAAGGUCACAAGGUCAUCGACUUGCCUGCGCAUUUGAUCAGGGUCCUCAUUGGCAAGGCCGGAUCCACCAUCCGCGAGGUCAUCAGCAGGACCGGGGCCGACAUCAAGGUGAACCACUUGCCACAUGAGCCUCAAGGGAGCAUCUCUGUGGUGGGAGACAUCGCGAAGACUGAAGCGGUGAUCCAAGAGAUCUUCCGGGCCAGAGGAUGCAAGUGGUCUCCAACAGGAGCACCCUUAGCGGAGCAGAGCGAGGAAGACGUGAAGAUUCCGCAUGACCUCGUAGGGCUCUUUAUCGGCAAAGGGGGUGAGACCAUCAAGGACUUGCGGGAGAGGUGUGGAGGACAAGUCUCGAUCACCAUUCAACCUGCCUCAACGCCUGGUGGCAUGCAGGGUGUCCGUGUGGUGGGAGACAACUGGAAGGUCGCCAAGGCUUUGGUCCGAGCGAAGAUCGAGGAGCUGACUAUGGCGAAGUCCUUCAAAGCUCGAAAUGCCAGCUAAAAAAGCGAGACGCGAGACGUGUCUGAGGAGGACGGAGGAUCCAUCCUGUUUGAAAUCCUCACGAUUCUAAGUCGUG